CUGCAGGCCGAUUCUCUUUCCUUAUCACGUCUUUUUGAUUGCAACAGACGCUCCCCUUCUUGCCUCUCUUGAGCCUUUCAUCCAAGCUACCGUUGCUCUCCCUCUUACCCUUCUUCUACCCCACCUUGAACCUUCUUGAGUCUUCAAGAUGCGUGUCUUUACCAUGCUUCUUGCGACUCUGGUUACCCUUUUUGCAGCCAUUGCCUUUGCUCUCCCCACUGAGCCCGCUGAUGAAGUCCCGGCCAUCAUCAACAAUGACCCCAAAUCAUCCAUUCCCAUUGACCAGGUCGGCUUCGACAUUGGUGUCGACUUUAUGGGCCGUGAGAUCAAUCCUGACCUUGCCAACUCGACCGAAUGGGCAAAGAUGGCCAAGAAGGAAUCUCUUACCUGCAACCCGUCCGGAAUCCAGAUCGCGAGCAGGGAUGCGUUCAUUGAUGGCAUCAAGUUCUUGAAGAAGCACGGCGACAAGACCAGCCUCGAAGAUGGCAGGUGCAAGUGGGCCAACUGCGCUUCUCCUGGGGCCGCCAUCUGGUGGUGCAACAUCGCCGGCAAGGAGAUUAAGAACAGCCACAAGACCAUUGCGAAGAAGGCUCAGAAGGUUGUCGACUCGUGCAAGGAUGAGGGCACCGACCCCUGGGGCAACAAAGCUCUUUCUGGUAUCCUCGAGGUCAAUGGCAUCUGGAAGGUUAUGUUGAUGCGCGACUCCAAGCUGUGCUAGAUUAGAUGUCUGUUGACUUUGUUGCCGCUGACGGUGAUCUGGCCUUUUGUGUCGUUUGACCUGUGUGCCUUUCUUUUUUGUUCUCGUGGAUCCAGCAUCUACGAUGACUCUUGUAACCUACGGAUGUAGAGGGUGCUUUUCAGCAAAGUGCCUUGCGUUGUGCUUUAUCGUGUCUUUAGAUUAGGAAAUCGAAAUCGAAG